AUGAUUGUAACAUCUGCGCUUAUUAUAUGGAAAGGGUUAAUGUGCAUCACUGGUAGUGAAUCACCAGUUGUUGUUGUGCUCUCUGGAAGCAUGGAACCUAGCUUUAAAAGGGGUGACAUCUUGUUCUUAGACAUGAGUAAGGACCCUAUUCGGGCAGGGGAGAUUGUGGUGUUUAAUGUUGAUGGGCGUGAAAUUCCUAUUGUCCACCGAGUCAUUAAGGUUCACGAGCGCCAAGACACAGGAGAAGUUGAUAUCCUGACAAAAGGAGAUAAUAAUUUUGGGGACGACAGGCUUCUGUAUGCUCACGGUCAGCUCUGGCUGCAAAGGCAUCAUAUUAUGGGAAGAGCUGUUGGAUUUCUGCCCUAG